AUGGCCACGGCGACGGCCCUCUCCCUCAGCGGCGGCGGCGGCGGCACUCCCCUGCUCCGCGGGCACGCGGCCUUGGCCUCGGGGCGGUGCUGCGCGUUCCCGCGCUCGCGGUGGAGGACGCCGCGCCUGUCGGCCUCCCGCGCGGACGACUCUUCGCCGGCGCCGUUCGAGAUGACGGUGGAGGGCGCGCUGAAGCUACUCGGCGUCGCCGAGGGCGCGUCCUUCGACGAAAUCCUGCGCGCCAAGAACUCCGUCCUUGCCUCCUGCAAGGACGACCAGGACGCCGUCGCCCAGGUCGAAGCAGCCUAUGACAUGUUGCUUAUGCAGAGUUUAUCACAGCGGAGGGCUGGAAAGGUUGCUAAUAACAGCAUCCGCUAUGCUGAUGUUAAACCUGUAAAGAGUGCAGGAGCUGGGACAGUCCCAAAGUGGAUGCAGGCAACAAUGAAGAAUGCACCUAUUACAUUCGAGACUCCAUCUUCGAACAGCUUGGGCAUCCAGUCAUGUGUUUAUGGUGCACUAAUGGUUUUCACCUAUGCUAGUGGAAGCUCGACGUCUUUGCCAUCUGCGUACACUAGCCCUGAUGUGCCAGGUUUUAUCCUAGCAACAGGAUUUGGUGCAUCACUGUACUUCCUGGCAAAGAAAAAUAUGAACUUAGGUAAGGCUGCAUUGAUCACUGUCGGGGGACUUGCAGCUGGUGCGACUGUCGGAUCUGCAGUGGAGAAUUUCCUGCAGGUUGAUAUCGUGCCCUUUCUAGGCAUCCACUCCCCUGCCGUCGUUGUCAGUGAAUUUAUUCUGUUCUCCCAAUUGUUGGUAUCACUGUUUGUUAGGUAG